ACCAGAUAUUGUGUAAGAUGUCCCAUACAACAUGAGAAUCGCAAACGUUAAGUCAGGUCUUCCCUUGUUUUCCUUUCUCAGGUGUAACAGCAUGCUUUGUGGGCGGUGCAAACACAGUUUCUGCUACGGUUGCGGGUCAGCCUUCCCGGGGUGCCGGUGCCGUAUGACGAACCUGGAACCAGCGAUUGUAAGUGCCAUCCGGGGAAUUCUUUCGAUAGAUCCGUUCGCUUUCGAUCGAACAGAGUGCGCGGACUGCCCAGCAUGCCAUCGGAUGAACCGGAAGCGAAACACCAACAACCACAUCCGGUGUGUCGUGUGCAAAACCAGCUAUUGCUUCACCUGCAAGAAGAGUCUCACUGGAAAUGUCGGUGGCCAUUAUAAGAAGGGCAUGCCGUGUGUUCAGCACACCCCUAUGAAAACCACCAUCACAUCCGCAGAUGUUGUCUAUUGGUGCCAGGACAUGUAUGGUAAGUGUGCGGAGGGGUUGAUCUACCUCAUCAAGCCUAGGCGACGGAUUCUUGAGCGCGGCACGUCCGAAGGGUGGAAGAUGCAGAAGCACAUCUACGACGCUGUGAAAGCUAUUGAGCUUGAACUUGAGGAAAAGGCGGUAAAAGAACGUAUGGAAAACGUCAUUCCAGGUGACGUAGUACGUAAAAUUGACGUAAUCGUAGACUCGGGGAGCAGAAUUGAAUUAUACUCAAACUGAAGACUUCAUGGCAAAAGGUUAACAUUAUAGAUUCUCUCACUUUAGGCACAUGAGUAUAAGGGAAACUCCAUAUAUGUAUCUAACUGUACGUAGAUAAAAUCCGAUAAAGCCCAAAAUUUUCACCGUUACCAUCAUCAUCAUCGGUCGGCUACAGAGCAGGCGACUGCAAGCUUUCUCCAGUUCCGUCUAUCGGCAGCGAGUUGGCGUAACUGCCUAGGGGUGAUCUGAAAGAGAGGAGUGAAGAAGCGCAAGCCGGACCUAUAUGCUAGACUACGAUACUCGUACCAACCUGUGUAUGUUAGUAAACAGACCCUGGCUGUGCGUGCUGAAGAAGCCAAACCAAUAGACUAUUUGUAAUCAUGUCUUUGUUGAUAUGUAAGAAUUAGCUCACUGGAGCAAAACUUCAUCCAUUCUAUCCGCAUAAAAAACAAUAAAUGAUAUGAAGAA